GAUCAAUCCGCCUAAUAGUCAAAUAUACUGCCUCUACAAUCAAAUUGACUUCGUGUGCUGUUCACUGCCACGUGGCGUUGCCUCCGUCUCCAGUCCCUUCUCUCUUUCUCUCUCUCAUAACGACUCUGCAAAAGAUUAAAAAAAACACCGCAUUUCAGUAGUGAUAUAUAUAAAAUCUCAAAGGUACGAUUGGCCUUCAUCCCUUUCUCUACCCACGCGCAGACUCAGCCAUGGCUGCCCUUUAAAUCCUUUGGUGUCAGUAUAAAUACGCGUCCGCCUGUUGUUGAAGGGAGAGUGAGUGAGAUAUGAGGGGAGCAGAGGGUUUGGACUCAAGCUUUGAGAAGCUGGUGGUUUUCGGUGGUGUGGAGGUUGUGAAUCGAGCUGAUAACGGCGGCGGCGGUGAAAUCGGAGGGCUGAAGAUAAGCGAGUGGAAAGAUAUUCCGGUGGAGCUGCUGCUGAGAAUUUUGUCACUUGUGGAUGAUCGGACGGUGGUCGUGGCAUCUGGGGUUUGCCAUGGAUGGAGGGACGCCAUUUCUUGGGGGCUUAUUCAUCUUUCUCUCUCUUGGUGCAAGAAAAACAUGAAUAUUCUGGUCCUCUCGCUAGUGCCAAAGUUCACAAAACUUCGUGUUCUGAUACUGAGGCAAGACACACCUCAACUGCAAGAUGACGCAAUAGAAAAAAUCGCGGCUCAUUGCCAUGACCUUCAAGAAUUGGAUCUCAGUAAAAGCUUUCGGCUUACUGAUCGAUCUUUAUAUGCAUUGGCACGUGGUUGCCAGGAUCUCGUGAAGCUCAAUAUUAGCGGUUGUACUGCAUUUAGUGAUACUGCCGUGGGUUAUUUGACUGGUUUCUGUCGAAAUUUAAAAUUCUUGAAUCUCUGUAGCUGUGUGAGGGCAGCUACCGAUAGAGCAUUGAAGGCAAUUGGGUACAACUGUAGUAAGCUCCAGUCGUUGAACCUCGGGUGGUGUGACCGUGUUGGAGACGAAGGUGUUAAGAGCUUAGCCUAUGGCUGCCCUGAUCUUCGAGCUCUCGAUUUAUGUGGUUGUGUUCUUAUUACAGACGAGAGCGUGAUUGCAUUGGCGAACAACUGCCACCACUUGCGGUCGCUCGGCCUCUACUACUGUCAGAACAUAACCGACCGGGCCAUGUACUCUCUGGCCCACAGCCCGAUGAAGAACAACAAGCAUCGGGUUUGGGCCUCGGUUAACCGGGCCAGGUGUGAAGAUGAUGGCCUCACGAACCUCAACAUCAGCCAGUGCACGGCCCUGACGCCGCCAGCUGUCCAGGCGGUGUGCGACUCGUUUCCGGCACUCCACACGUGCCCGGGCCGCCACUCACUCAUCAUCAGCGGCUGCUUGAACUUGACGUCUGUCCACUGCGCGUGCGCAGUCCAGGCCCACCGUUCGCCUGCAGCCAUGCCUCGACUAGCCCACUAAGGCCCGAUAGCAUGUCGAUUUUCGAGAGGGAAUGUGAGUUGAGGGACUUUGUGUAUGUAUAUAGGGUUGAAGUUUUUUUUUUUUUCCUUAAUUGCUUGUUUUCUAAUGGGACUUUUUAUGUUGAUUAUAUGAAUUAAAAGUCUGAUAUUUUAAAUAAAAUUGUUUAAUAACUAAUAUAGUUAUUUUGGUAUA